GUGUCUGAGGAGGACUGCUGUUGAGUGCGGGUUCAAGAUCAUUCUGGAAAGGAGUUUUCUGUUCUCACUCUCUCUUCAUCAUUUUGCGCUGCGGUGUUUGAGUCGUGAUGUUGUGGGUUGUGCUGUUGUUGAUGGCUCUGCAGGCUCUGAACGGCUCUGCGUCUGCGCUGCCGAAAAACGAAACGUUUAUUCGCUCAUUUUCGGGAUUUUUCCUCACCGUCACCGACGAGCCGUUUGAUUAUCUGGACGUGCAGGAGGGGGGAAGCGGCUUUAGUUCUGGUCAAGAACCAACACUCAGGAAAGAGCACCUCCACCCUCCGGCAAAAAAGACUUAUCACAUCUCUCAAGAGGCUUCGAGCUUCCUCACAGGCCACGUGGCGACCGCUGUCAUCCCGACAAUAUACAUAAUAGUGUUCAUCAUCAGCGCGCCUCUCAACCUGCUGGCGCUGGUCAUGUUCGCGCGCAAAGUCAGACCCAAGAAACCGGCGGCGAUUUACAUGAUGAAUCUAGCCUGCGCAGACCUUCUGUUUGUUCUGCUGCUCCCGUUUAGGAUAGCCUACAACUACAACGGAAAUAACUGGAUAUAUGGAGCCUGGAUGUGCCGUGUUGUAACGGCUGCUUUUUACUGCAACAUGUACUGCUCUGUGCUUCUGAUUAUGUGCAUUAGUGUGGACCGCUUUCUGGCUGUCGUCUACCCGAUGGACUCGCUUACUUGGCGCAGUCCUCAAACCGCGACCGUCGCCUGCGCCGCCAUGUGGCUUUUGUCCGUUGGCGGAGUGACGCCUUUGCUCAUUUCCAAUCAGACCAUUUACCUACCUGACCUGGGCAUAACCACCUGCCACGACGUCCUCGACAUCCAGCACCUCCGGGAGUAUUACCUGUACUUCUUUCCAAUCUUCUGUUCACUUUUCUUCUUCAUCCCGCUCAUUUUUAGCACCGUCUGUUACCUGCGCAUCAUCCAAGCCUUGUGCGCGGCAAAUGUGGAAAACCGCGCGAAAAAAACGCGGGCUGUUUUUAUGGCCGUAACGGUUUUUGCAGUUUUUGUCAUAUGCUUUACACCAACAAACAUCAUCUUAUUGUCACAUUAUGUACGGUUUGCUUACAAGCACAAUGACACGUCCUAUGCUGCUUACCUGAUCUCCAUGUGCAUGGGGAGCAUCAGCUGCUGUCUGGACCCCCUCAUCUAUUAUUUUGGUUCUUCUCAGUGCCAAAAACAGGUUCUUGCUUUUCUCAAAUGUCAGGGGGUCCCUGGUAUUGAAAGGAGCGCACAGUUCACCUCCAGCACAAGGUCAAGUAAUUUGGAGACUUUGAAAAGCAGUGUGAACAGCCAGUACAUAAAGCUGAUGGCAUGAACGGCCUAAACAUUGACUUAAUGGCUGAUUGGAUAUGUCUGGAUUUUUGAAAGGGUUUUGAAAACUUUUAAACUGGCCAGGAUAAGAGAUCUUGUCAAACCACGAUGCAACAGAUUUAGGACAUUCUGUCUGUUACAGGGUUUUUCUUUCAUUUUAUUUAGGACAACUCGACGGUUGGAGUCGACUGCACUAUUAUUCAUUGGGAUCUUUUAAUAUAGAGGCGUACAUGAUAACAUCAAAACAUGCAAGAAUAAUUCAACACGACUUCCCUUUAUAUUUUCCCUAUUAAAUGAAAGAAUAGAUUAUAUGCACACUGACUUUAAAUUUCAGUCAGCCAGCCCCAGGGCUUCCUGUUAAGUGUCAUCCCAUACAAAAUCGUUGCGUGUAAGGUCUGAUUUCUUUUUUUUUUUAAAGCUGUGGUCUUUACUACAUGGUUGAGAUACGAUAUAAAGUGUGUAUCAGACCAAACAAGAGGCUCUGCAUUAAAUUAGAUUUUCUCCUACCAUGUCUUUAAAAUAUGGAAAUUAAUUUUACACCAGUAUUUUCAAUGGAGUUUCUGCUGCUAAUGACAGCGCCUGCGUUGAAACAAUAUUUCAUCUCUUUUUACACUUUAACAACCAAAUGGUUGCUUUAGUCUAUUUAACUGAUUAUAUUUGAAUUACAUUACAACAUCGAUACUGUAAAAGGAACCUUGUGAAAUUGAAAAUCGUCACAACAAAAUGUUUACUGGAAGUUCAUCAUUGGCUGAAAAACACUAGCUGUGCAUAUAGUUUGUAACUUUUAAUUUGUAAGAUUCCAUUCGUUCAUUUUAGUAUAAUUUGCUCAUCCCACAAUUAGUAUGUGAACAAUAUGUGAAAUAAACACAGGAGCUGUGUAGGACAAAAACCUGACAAACAUCUAAAAUUAGAUCUGAACAACAUCUCUAAGUGUGGGAACCAAAGUUUAAGCAAAAUAAAUGACUGUAAUUGCCAGAAUAAUGGCCAAUCAUCCAUUAUUCCAUAAUAAAACUAUUACAAAACCAUUAGAACUUAUGGUUACUAUUAUUUUCUAUUUCUAUUUCUUUUUUCUAUUUUUCUUUUUUAUUUCUUUUUGUUUAUUUGACAGCCAGAUCGCACAAAGAAAUGAAGAGUGGCUGAUUCGCACAAAUUCAUACGAUUUCAAUCAUAGGAUUUUUAAAGGAAGGUGUACCACCAAACCCCACCCUUAGCCCUAAUUGUGGGAUGAGCAAAUUAUACUAAAAUGAACGAAUGGAAUCUUACAAAUUAAAAGUUACAAACUAUAUGCACAGCUAGUGUUUUUCAGCCAAUGAUGAACUUCCAGUAAACAUUUUGUUGUGACGAUUUUCAAUU